UGCAGCAUUGCUUCAACAUAAUUCCUUACACCGAUAUGUUGCUGCCUGGACGCUGUCUGUGAAACUACAUCCCCUCCUUGCUCCUCUGCCAGCGAAUCCAUCCUUGCAAUGGGGGAUAAGGUGGGCCGACGUCACGUUGAUCGACAAGAGGUCGGCAUUUACAUAAGCCGCGUCUUUAACGACAACCUGUCAGUGCAAGGCCACUUAAGAUCAAGAUGAGACAGAACAACUGAUCACUGGCUGACCCAGCCCACGUGACUGUCACUGGUCAUUCAUAUCACUAGCGCGGACACCCCCCAAUCCACGACUGAUUGAAGGAGGCAGAAGGGUGGCUCGGCUCAACCCCGGGUGAAUGGUGCGAGUCGUGCGACGUUAAUCAGUCCCCAGGCCCAAAAAUAUCUGUUAGUGGCAGCCACGCGCAAAGACGCCCAAGAAGAUGCCACGAUGAGCACAUUCCUAGAUUUCUCGGCCAUAAGUGGUGGUGGAGAUGCAGGUGGCGGGGGCUCGUGCUCAGUCAGAGCGUUUCAUGGCGACCACGGACUUUCAACAUUUCAGUCAUCGUGUGCUGUCAGGGUAAAUAGCUGCGGUGGAGACGAGAGGUACAUGUCCAGUAGAUCAUCACAAGACGCAAUUAACCCUCAGCCAAACCAAGCCGGCUCGUACCAGUCCCCCGGGACUCUGUCAAUUACCUACAGUGCACAUCCAAGUUACGGGACUCAAAGUUUUUGCGCCGGAUACAGUCACUAUGCCCUAAAUCAGGAUGUGGACUCGUCUGUGAGCUUUCCCCAGUGCGGCCCGCUAGUUUACUCUGGAAAUAUUUCCUCCACGGUUGUGCAGCACCGUCACCAUCGCCAUGGUUACAGUAGUGGAAACGUUCACCUCCAUGGCCAGUUCCAGUACGCGCCAGCCACAUAUGGUAGUAGUUCGGAUCAGGCAAACCUAACGUUUGUGGCGGGCUGCUCAAAUCCGCUAUCCCCUCUACAUGUGGCUCAUCACGACGCAUGCUGUUCACCUCUAUCAGAUGUGUCAACAGGGCAGACAUUUGACUGGAUGAAGGUUAAACGGAACCCGCCGAAAACAGGGAAGGCUGGAGAGUAUGGAUUUGGUGGGCAGCCAAACACUGUACGCACCAAUUUCACUACAAAACAGUUGACAGAGCUUGAAAAGGAGUUUCAUUUUAAUAAGUACUUGACUCGUGCAAGGCGGGUGGAGAUUGCGGCUGCGCUCCAAUUAAACGAGACUCAGGUGAAGAUUUGGUUCCAGAAUCGUCGUAUGAAGCAAAAGAAGCGAGAAAAGGAAGGUCUUUUGCCCAAAUCUCAGUCCGAGACGAAGGAUGGGCACGAAAAACAGGAGGAUGCAUCUGAAAAGUCGCUCUCCGCACCACCCACCCCCUCUCCCUCUUCCCCGACUGUUGAUGCCUACACCUCGAAUUAAAAGACUCUCACUUUUGUUCUGCCAACCUGUUAAUGAUACUGCAGUAUGCUACUGUUAGUGACUCUCGUGUCAAGGUUAUUGUCAAAAUCAUCAUGUGACAGUGUUACACAGAGACCAGUGGACAAUUUAUAGACUUUGAACACUCAGUAUUGACCUGUGCUACUUUGUGUUUUUGUGAAAUGACUGUUAAUUGUCGUAGGGCACCUUGUCAUGCACCUAGAAAUGCACAGUAAUAACAAAUGCUGCACUAUUACACGUGUUUGGUCGGACUUGCACCACUUGUCAAAAUACCUACCUCAAGAACCAAAGGAAGUAGUGCAAUAUAUUUAAGAGAUGUAGCUAUUAUUAAGAGAGACAAAUCAAUUGUACGUUUCGCCAAAGGCUUGUUUCAACACACUGACAACUUUUCUGGACCGUGUAUAGUGUUAACUCUGAUGCUGUGUGUGUGUUGUGAUUUCUGCAACAUGAUGCGCAACUCUUCAAAGUUGUCAUCCGGUCAUACUGAGUUUUAUCAGUCAAAGAUAGAGACUCAAGUCUCCCUCAGAAACAUUAGAAAACUAUCAAGAUACGGGUGAAUUAAAUGUGUGAAUUAAAAUGUAAAUAUAAUUUAUUUGAACACUGGUGUUUUACUUGUGAUAGUGGCAAAUGCCUGGUAUAAACCUGACAAAAUAUUUCUGGUAACUUUAA